CUGAUAUCUCUCUUGUGAUAAUGAAUAUUUGUUGUCAGAAAGGUGAGGAACUUUUGAAGGAUGUUCUUGAUAAAAAAUUCCAAGCAGCUGUUCCUGAGAUUAUUGUGUAUCUACAAGAGGGGAUCGGCAAUAAUACCCGUAUAGAUUAUGGUACAGGACAUGAGCUGUCUUUUGUGGCCUUCCUCUGUUGUCUGUUCAAGAUUGGAGCCUUACAAGAGGCAGACGCUGUGGCUGUUGCCCUUCAAGUUUUUCAGAGGUAUCUGUUGCUGGUCAGGAAACUACAACAAACAUACCGUAUGGAGCCAGCUGGUAGUCAGGGCGUGUGGAGUCUGGAUGAUCACCAGUUUGUACCAUUUAUCUGGGGAAGUUCACAACUCCUGGAUCACAAAAGAAUUUUGCCAAAAUCUUUUGUCAACCCAGACAUUUUCCAGAACUUUGACAAAGAUUACAUGUUUUUAGGAUGUAUAAAAUACAUUGAUUCGGUGAAGACUGGGCCAUUUGCUGAGCAUUCUAACCAGCUCUGGAAUAUAAGUGGUGUCAAGGCAUGGCAGAAGGUUAAUUCUGGUCUCAUCAAAAUGUACAAGGCUGAGGUCCUUGCAAAAUUUCCUGUAAUUCAACACUUCCUGUUUGGAAGUCUGCUGUCCUACACUCCUGCGAAUGUGACCUGAACAGAAACAUUAGCACUAAUAAGAUUAGAAGGGAAUACCAAGAAAUCAGAGUGAAGUGGAGAUGGGGUGAAAGAUACAAUUAAUGAUGAAGGGAUGGGGUGUAGGAGAGGAGACUUUGAAGACUAUGGCGACUGAAUCAUAAAAUGUGAGAGGAGAAAUGUGCUGGCAAGCAUCAAUAAAUACAACUGAUGGUCAUUUAUACUCUCAAUAAUGUAUCUUUAGACUUCCUCUUAUUGAUUUUAUCAAAUAUUGGUACUAUAAUUAUGAAGUAUAGUAAUUAUACAUUAUGUAAAUCAAUAUCAUUGUAGUCCUAUAUUUUUGCCAUUCUUAUGAAAUGAAUAAAGAAUUCAGAAAAUAUAUGAAAUAUA